AACGAUCUCUACCCUAGUCUGUGAGUAUUGAAAAUGGCGUUGUGUAGGGCUAAAUCGUCCCUCUUCAUUCUGAUGGUUGGCCUAGCCUUGCUCCAUGUCUCUGAAGCUCAAGACUCCCCACAGGACUACAUAAAUGCCCACAACGAAGCUCGUCGAGCAGUGGGGGUUGGCCCUAUGACAUGGGACAAUACGCUGGCGGGCUACGCUCAGAGAUACGCCAAUCAGAGGAUUGGCGACUGUGCCAUGAAGCACUCCAAUGGACCCUAUGGCGAGAACCUCGCCGCUGCUAUGCCUAGCUUGUCGGGGACCAAUGCUGUGAAGAUGUGGGUAAACGAAAARCAGUUCUACRACUACAACUCCAACUCUUGUGCUGCCGGAAAAGUUUGCGGCCACUACACUCAGGUGGUCUGGAGAAGCUCAGUUCGUCUUGGGUGUGCUAAGGUUCACUGCAACAAUGGCUGGGACUUUGUCAUUUGCAACUAUGCUCCUCGAGGCAACUAUGUAGGGCAGCGUCCUUACUAGUCUUUACCUGCACAUCCAAAAUAAAAUGGAGGUCUAGAUAUGUAGCUUCCAUCAUAAUAAAUUACAAAUGAUGAUCAGAUUAGAUGGAAGGAGAGGAAUUUUAGAGAAGAUCUUCUGYAUCAAUCCUUAAUACUUAAAAUGAAGGAAAUAUGAAUGACUUUCUGAUCAUAA